CUUCUACUUUCAUUGCUUUAUGCUUCAAAACCCUAAAACCCCCUAUUUUUAUGUUUAUACCGAAAAUCACCGUGUCUCUUAAAUUUUGUUGUUGCUUCUUCACUGUUGUGUGUUGUUGGAAUCGAUUCUACAUCAAUUUAUUAACAACUAUUUGCUUAUGGUUUUUCCAUAGGAUCACUUGCAUUCUGUUAAGAUAUUGAAAGCAAAACUUAUGCCCUAUGUGUACUUGUUUAGCUUAAUUGCACAUUUCUUUUACAUCACAUCUUGCAACAAUUUGCUAGUUCUCAAUGAUAGCAUAAUUGGAUUGAGUCCUGUUUCAAAGUUGGGUUUAGUUUGAUGCAUAUUGGUUCACAUAUAUAUUGUUACUACCUAUGAAGCACAAAUACUGACAUGGACACCAGAUACGACAUUGACACGUCAACAUUGGUAAUCAUAUGAGAAAAUGAUUUAACUGAAUGUAAUUAAGGUGUCGGUGUCGGACACUGGGACACAUCUUCGAUUAGAGUUAGUUGAAGUAACAACUAAAAAUGGGAGUGGUGGAAGAGAACAUUAAACCGCAGGAUCUUCCUGAAAUAACAACUGAGAUCAUUGAAGCCUUGCUUGAGGCAGCAAGAUAUGAUGACAAGGAUGAUAUUGUGAACUUAGCAUCCAGUGGUGUCCCUCUUGAUUCAAAAGACACUCAAGGAAGAACAGCUCUUCACAUGGCUGCAGCAAAUGGGCAUACUGAUAUUGUGGAGUAUUUAAUCAGUAGAGGAGUGGAUCUUAAUUCCGCAAAUGAGGAAAAUAAUACACCUCUUCAUUGGGCGUGCCUCAAUGGGCAUAUUGAGGUUGUGAAGAAAUUAAUCAUGGCUGGAGCAAAUGUUAGUGUUUUAAACGGUCAUGAGAGGACUCCAAUGGACGAAGCUGUGAGUGGAGGCAAGCUUGAAGUGAUGGAUGCAAUUAACGAAGCAGUUGCACUAGUUGAACUUCGUGGCGCUCUGGUUUCUUCAUAGGAAACUUAAAGUUUAUGUUACUCUUUUUUUGGGUCGAUAGACAGAGUGGUAAAGAAGUGGUAAAUACCAUUGAAACUCACAUACACAACUGCGAAGUCUCGGGUUCGAAUGAGGACAUGAUGGUUCAGCUUAACAAUAUUAGUAUUUUGUCAGUUGAACUAAAUCUUAGUUUAUAUUACUAAGUAGCUUAUAAUAUGAAACUUUGGUGAUAGUUGUAUCUGUCUUCUAAUAGUGUUUUACUGCUUGUUGUAGAUAGAGCCAUGAAUUUGCUUCUCCUUCUAGUUUUCAUGUUGGAAUUCCUCUAUGAAAAAUGGACUUAAAGGCGUUGUAUUUUGUGUACUUAAAAAGUAAAGUUGAGAGAAAUACUCAUUGUCACAAAUUUUGUCACCACAA